AUGUUAUUUUUAAAGAAAUUAAAUGAUUAAUAAAAGAUUGAGUAAUAAAGAAUAGAAGAUAAAAAACAAGAAGACAUAUUUAAUUAAGAAAUAAAUAAGUUUUAAUCAUAAUUUACUGAUUUAAAAUAACAAUUUAUUCCAUUUUCAGACAAUAUUCGAAAAUUUAAGUAAAAAAUAAAGUUUUAUGACGAAAUUUAAUAAUAAAAAUAUGGAUAAGAGAAAUUGAUGGAAGUUAUAUUGUAUUACUAAAAAUUGAUUUCAGAUUUUUAAAUUCUGGAAGAAUAAGAGAAAAUGAUGAAUUCACUUGAGCGAUCUUGCUAAAUUUUCAAUUAUUAAUCCUUUAAUAGCAAUAUUGAGGAACUUUAAUAAGCUUAAAAAAGACUUAAAAUAUCUAUUGAUGAAUCAAAUACAUCUCUUGAAUAAAUUGAUAGUAAAUUUAUUGAUGAACAUCGUAGAUAAAUAUAGGAAUUAGCUGAUAAUUUAAAAGAUUUAUAGGAUAAAUUUAAAUAUCUAUAUAAGAAUUAAAAAUAUAAAUAAAAAAUAGAUUAAAUUAUUAUUCAAAUAGGAGAUUGUUUUGGCAAAUUAAAUUCUAUGGAAUUACUUUUAACUUAAGAACUAUUUGAAAAUUAUCAAUAAUUCAAUUAAAUAUAAGAUUCAAUCAAUCAAAAUUUAAAAGAAUUUGAAAAAUAAUAUGAUUAAUUGCAUGAAUAAAUUCAUCACGAUUAAUAAAUUGAAUUAAUAAAUGCUGAAAGAAUAUAAAAAUUAAAAAAUAUAGAUCCGUAAUUAAGUGAAUUUAUAAAUAAAAUGAAUCACAUUUGA